UCAGAGAAGCAUGAUGAAAAGGCGAACCCAACCAUCCAUUACAAAAAGCUGAUCAGUUCAAUACCUGACUACUUACAGUAAGACAGUGUACAAACCUAUUGAAACGUAAACAUAUUACUGCGUUGUAGAUACCAGGAAAUAUCGCUAUAUAGCUUUUCCAACGAGAACUGUUGGUCCCUCGGCUCGCAUCAUACCGUUUGGUCUGCUAGGCUAGCUAGCUAGCUCACCCAACCAGCAUCUCCAGUCCGAAGCAUUUGCCGGGUGUGUCUCCAGAUCUUCCCCAGAUAUGGACAACAAUGCCCCCGGAUCGGGAGGGAAAGGUGGCUUCGGGAGUCUCUUUGGCGGAAGCGAAUACUCCAACACAGAACUCGCCGGUGUCCCAUUGACCGGAAUGAGCCCCCUGUCACCUUAUCUCAAUGUCGACCCCCGCUACCUCGUACAGGACACAGAUGAGUUCAUUCUGCCCACCGGGGCCAGCAAAACCAGGGGGAGGUUUGAACUGGCCUUUUUCACCAUUGGGGGCUGCUGCAUCACAGGAGCUGCGUUUGGGACAGUGAAUGGUCUGAGGAUGGGGUUGAAGGAUACAAGAGAAAUGGGCUGGACUAAACCUCGCAACGUCCAGAUUCUCAACAUGGUGACCAGACAAGGUGCAUCGUGGGCCAACACACUGGGCUCUGUUGCAUUGUUGUACAGUGUAUUUGGCGUUGCCAUAGAGAAGGCUAGAGGAGCAGAGGAUGAUAUCAACACUGUGGCUGCUGGGACACUCACAGGCAUGCUCUUCAAAUCCACAGGAGGGCUGAAGGGAGUGGCGCGUGGUGGUCUGGUGGGGUUAGCCUUGUCCGGGGCCUAUGCUCUCUACAGCAACUGGGACCAUAUCAGAGGCGGCUCCUCUUCAAGUCUCUACUGAACACGUCCCUGUCUGUUCGGUUUCAUCCAAAAUGGCACCCUCUUCCCUCCCUCCAGAUCCUCAGGGAAUAGGGUGCCAGUAGUCAAACCCCUCCCA